AUGUCAUGGCCAGGAGGCAGCGUCACAAAGGACGGCGGCGGGACGUUGGCCUGUAUUGAUGCUGAGGAUGAUGAUGAUGAGGAUGAUGAGCGCGGCUGUGAAGACUUUAUCAUCGUUGAAGACUUUGUAAAAGGUGAAGACCUUGUCAACAUUGAAGACUUUGUCAACAUUGAAGGCUAUGUCAAGUGGGGGUCGCCACCCCCAGUCCCAAAGACGGUAGGGGUCACGAUCUUUGUGAACACUAACGCCAACAACUACCGCAUCCAGAAGAUCCUCUUCGAGGGAAAAUUCUCCAAAGUCUUUCAGUGCGCUAACCUGACCACUGGAAAAGAUGCGGCCCUCAAAGUGGUCACCAAACAGAGGGUCGCUAAACUGGAACUUGAAAUGCUAAAUGUGGUGAACGUUCUUGACCCGGAAAAGAAGAACAUUUUGCGCUUCUUUGAGACGUUCACGUUUGAGGGUUACACCUGUCUGGUCUUUGAGCUGCUGGACAUCACCUUGUACAACUUGAUGAAGAAGAAGAACUGGACCACACUUUCUCUUGUGGAGAUUCGGCCCAUCGCGCAUCAGCUGCUGACUGCCUUAGAUGCCCUGAAAAGUCUCGGAGUUAUCCACACCAACCUGAAGCUGGACAAUGUCAUGCUGGUCAACUACCAAGCCAAGCCCACCAGAGUGAAGCUCAUUGGAUUCGGCAUGUCCCGCACCAUAUCUGGGGCGCCAGCCUUACUCGGUAAAACCUGUCAGGCUCUGGGUUACAGGGCACCUGAAGUUAUCUUGGGCCUCCCCAUCUCUGAGGCCGUUGACAUGUGGUCUCUGGGCUGCCUGCUGGCAUUUUUGGAUCUGGGUCAGUACCUGUUUGGAGGAGAUAACAAUUCUCUGGUUUUGAAGUACAUGGUCCAGAUUUUGGGUAAAAUACCUGAGCACCUCCUCUGCGCUGGCCUGCACACCCAACAAUACUUCAGGCAAAACAAUGAUAGUUUUUCCCCAAAAUGGCAGCUGAAGACCGAGGAGGAGUACAAGGAUAAGAACGGCGAAUGGAUCAGUUCUGAGUCUGUGGUGGUGUUGCGUCUCCACAGCUUGGACGAGCUUGUCACAUUCCAUGAAAAGAAAAGAAAGUCCAUCAUACUGAAAGAUCGGAGAGCGUUCGUAGACUUCCUCAAAUGUCUUCUUCAAGUGGACGUUGAGCAAAGGAUCAGUCCAGAGAAGGCGCUCAAACACCCGUUUUUGACCAUGGACCAUCUGCAGCACAGCCGGCGACUGUACGCCUUGAAAAGCUAUUAUGAAAUGAAGAUGCUGGAAGUAGACUCUCAGCCUGAGGCCGUCAUAGGCCGCACGCAUGCGGCCUGUCCAACUGGGGACAGUAAGGGUGCACAUGACCAAAGUCCUUACGAGGACUCACUGCCCACUGACAGUGCACGUGAUCAGGAUUCGUAUGGGGAACCGCUACUCACUGGUAGUCUACGUGAAGAGGGUCUGUAUGGAGUCCCACUUCCCUAUGACAGCGCAUGUGAGGAGGUUGCAGAGGAGGAACCACUGACUACUGACAGUCGAGAUGAUGAAGGUCCAUGUGAGAAGCGACUUCCCACUGAAAGUCCACUCAAUGAGGGUCUGGAUGAGGACCCUCUGCCCAUUGACAGUACAAAUGCAGAGGGUCUGACCGAGUAUCCACUACCCUCGGACGAGCCAGGUGAGCAGUGUCAUUAUGAAGAACCACAAUCUACUGACAGUCCACAUGAGGACCUGCUUCUCCUUGGCAAUCCACUUGAUAAGGAUCCUGAUGAGGACUCACUGACCACAGAAAGUGCCUAUGAAGAGGGUCUUUGUGAAGACCCACUGUCUACUGACUGGCCUAAUGCCAAGGGUGAGAAUGAGUAUCCACUUCCCUCAGACAGUCUAGGUGAACAGCGUAGUUAUGAAAACCCACAACCAACUGACAAACCACAUAAAAACCUACUUAAUAUGGAUCUUGGUAAGGAUUCACUGCCCAAGGAACGUGCCCAUGAAGGUCUUUGUGAAGACCUCCUGCCAACUGAAAGGCCUAAUGCUGAGGUUCAGAAUACGUAUCCACUUCCUUUGGACAGUCCUGGUGAACAGUGUUGCCAUGAAGAUCUGCAACCCACCGACAGUCCACAUGUGGACCCACUUCUCCUUGGCAGGCCACCUGAAAAGGAUCUUGAUGAGGACUCACUGCCUGCAAAAAGUUCCCAUGUUGGGAGUCUUCGUGAGGACCCUCUGCCAACUAACAGGCGUAAUGCUGAGGGUGAGAAUAAGUAUCCACUUUCGUCAGACAGUCCAGGUGAUCAGGGACGAUAUGAGGACCCAAUGUCCACUGACAGUCCACAUACUGAUUGUCAAGAUGAUGACCAACUUCUCGCUGUUGAAGCAGAUGAUGAAGAUCCAUUUGAGGACCCACUGCUCAAUGACCGAGCAUAUCAUAAGGGUCUGGACACAAAGCCCUUUGAUUGUGCACUUGAUGAGGGUCCACAUAAGGACCUACUGCUUACUGAUAACGCAUGUACCAAUGAUCCGUAUGAGGACCCACAGCCCGCUGUGCGUGAUGAAUGUCCACAUGAAUACACUACGUCUGCUUGUGAUGGCAUGCAAGACCAAGAUCCAAGCGAGGACAGACCACCCGCUGACAAUGAAGAACAAGGUCUAUGUAUGGAAACACAGUGCACAAAUCCGUUUCAUUCACCUGGGCAACAUUUCAGUCAUCAAAGAUGUAUUGAUCACAGUUUACCCGAUCAAGGCCCAUGUGUGGAGAUGAGCCCCAAAAUUGGCUCUUUUGCUCGAGUUCCUGUUGGUCAAAGCCCUUUCAAACAAACUCUGCCCAAUGACAGUUCAGGGACUAGGCUGAAAACAAAGUGGCUAAAAAAUAUCAGUCAUCUCUUUGGAUGCCUCAUGAUGACUACAAAGUCGUCAUCUUGUCCAGGUGACCCUGAUCAGGAGUCCAACAGUCAAAGUCCAUGCCAUGACAGAAUUCCCAGGUGUGGUGUGCGUGUUUUGCCAAAGAAAAAAACUAUAAUCAAAAUUUUACGUUUUUUAAGAAGGAUUACCAAGAAAAGAAAUGUUUCAUCUUGUCAAAAUCCCCCUGAUUGGGCGAAUAACCCCGAAGACUUGAGAAAUGUUACAGAUACUGUGCCUGAUAAAAGGUUGACUGAUCUAGACUUAACUGUUAAAGGUCCAUCCCAUCAGGAAUCCCAGAGUCAAGGUCCAUGUAAGGAGAGUGGAACUCAAGAUCAAAUAUGUUGGGAACAAGUUCUUACCGAAGGUGGAAGUGACAAGCCACAAAUAUGCAAUUCACUCGGCAAUAUUAGGAGGUUAAAAGUUAACAAGAUUCAUCCCACCGGAUGAAAGUCAAAAGAGGUGCCAGCUAAAAACUCAGGUCAUCAGUUCCACCGAAGCACCAAUCCAGACGCCCAUGAGACAAGGUGGCCAAGACUCAGAGCCCAUCCAUGGUUCACUUUCAGCCCCAGCAGGUCUGACCACUACUUUUGAACCUCCUGUAAUCUAGCUGGAACCUCUAAAGACUUGGGAACGUCUGUCGAGUAUAGUCUUUUCUCAAAUAGUGGGACCUGAGACCCCCGCAGGGUCAUAGUGGGGUUGAAGGUGGGGUCCCGGGACGCAGAGGGACAAACAUUUAUAUAGUCCUGGCUCAACAUUCCGCUCAUCUCUCACUAGGUGGCGUCCGAGUCCAGCCCACUGGACAACACAAAAACAUUGUUUUAACUUUCAAAUUUUACCCGGUACAUGGGACUUAUACCAGUACUCAACGGUACCAAUUUUCACUACUUUGUUUGUUUGUGGUACAAAAAUGAUAAUUUCUUAAAUUAAAAAUACUCUUUUUUUU